GAGUCUCCUUAGCAUUUCUCAAAUGGCAUAGGAUUCCCAUCCAACUUUUAAACAAAACAUUCCCUUAAAUUUUUCAAAUUAGGUUAUGAUUAGGGUGACGCCUGCGUGGCAUAUACAAUCAUUUCUUCCGGCUUAUAAGAAGCCCUGCCAAACCAAACAUCCCAAAAUAUUCCUAUUCACUGUUAGCAUGCUCAACAUGAGAAUACAAACUCCCAUUCAUCUCCUCUUGGUGUGGCUCCUGCUUGCAGCUUCUCAAUACGACUACUACAAUAUUCAUGUUCAAGCUAUUGAAUCAGUUCAGUACAAGCUCAAUACUGCACAGCCCGGCUCAGGUUCAGGGUCGGCGGGGUCAAGAACCAGAAAUGUUCUGCCUAGUAAGGUCAGUGGAAGGAAAGUCCAUAAAACUCCAUCAAGACCGAACCCAGUUGGGAAUCAUCGCCCACCAUCGGAGCAAUGAACAUUUGACGCAAUUGUAGUUAACUUAGCAAGUAGAACUAAUUGGAUUAUUGUAGUUAAUGUAGGCCUAAAGGGAGAUCAGU